AUGCAAAACUGUGUUUCAGAUAUCGAGUACACUUAUGAGGAGGAGGAUGCGAGUGACGUGGACAAAGAACUGCGACCAGUGGCAAGGCGCACCGCCAAACAUAUUGCGGCCGGCGAGGAAAGACCGAGGAUCAAUUCCAGCCAGCAGACUACUCCAAUUGAUGGUGCCCAACUACUCUCGAGGCUGGAGGAGAACCAGUGG